AUGGCAUUAAUUCCAGGAGCUAUUUGUGGACCUAAAGCCCUAAUGAAAGAAUUAAUGGGCCUUUCCCUGGGGCCCGUGAUGAUCCUUGGCCCCACAAUGAAUCCUAGGGAAGCCUUUGAAUUAUCAGCAAGACUUCCUCACUUAGGCCUGAGAGUGAAGAAACAGUGCAACCGAGCCAUGAAGUUAGCCCUGAGAAUUAAGAAGUUGGACCCUUCUCUCACCGUCAUAUAUCCAGGUCUUGAAGAUCACCCCCAGCACAAACUCUUGGACUCCAUGCGCAACAAAGGUUAUGGGUAUGGUGGGAUUCUUUGCAUCGACAUGAAAACUGCUGAAAAGGCCAAUGUUUUGUUGGACAAAUUGCAAAACCGUUACCACUUUGGGUUCGUUGCAGUUAGCUUGGGCUAUUAUGAGAACCUCAUGUCUGCCUCUGGUAGCAGCACCAGUAGUGAAAUGGAUCCUGAAACAAUGAAACGUCUUGGAAUUACACCAGGGCUGAUAAGGUUUUCUAUUGGAUACCUUGGCACUUUGGACCAGAAGUGGAAACAAUUCAAAGACGCAUACAAGGAAAGCAAGAUACGAGGAAUGUCUGUAGAUACCAAGUACGUGGAGCUAUGUCGGGGUAUAAAUGGCCUUGACAAGAUCAUCUUGCGUGAGGUUCGUGGCUGCUCUGCUGAGGUAUACUUGUAUGGAGCUCAUGUCACAUCCUGGAAGAAUGAACAUGGGGAAGAAUUGCUUUUUGUUAGUAGCAAGGCUAUUUUUAAGCCUCCAAAGGCUAUUCGUGGAGGUAUUCCUAUCUGCUUUCCUCAAUUCAGCAAUCUUGGUUCUCUCGAAUCACAUGGAUUUGCAAGGACCAGCUCCAGCAAGGCCUUCAUCGACUUAAUACUUAAGCACUCUGAAGAAGAUGUGAAGAUCUGGCCUCACAGAUAUGAAUUUCGCCUACGUAUAACUCUGGGGCCCGGAGGAGAUUUGAUGUUGACCUCACGCAUUCGAAAUACAAACACUGAUGGGAAAUCAUUCACGUUUACAUUUGCAUACCACACAUAUUUUCAUGUUACGGAUAUCAGUGAAGUGCGAGUAGAAGGAGUAGAAACACUAGAUUAUUUGGACAAUCUGAAGAACAGAGAGCGAUUCACUGAACAAGGAGAUGCAAUAAUCUUUGAAUCAGAAGUGGACAAAGUAUAUCUGAGCACGCCUACCAAAAUUGCUAUCCUGGACCAUGAAAGGAAGAGAACAUUUGAAUUGCGAAAAGACGGACUUCCUGAUGCUGUGGUUUGGAAUCCCUGGGAUAAGAAAGCAAAGACAAUACCUGAUCUUGGUGAUGACGAGUACAAGCAUAUGCUGUGUGUAGAGGCUGCUUGUGUGGAAAAGCCAAUUACUUUGAAACCUGGUGAAGAGUGGAGAGGAAGGCAGGAGCUCUCUGCUGUUCCUUCCAGUUACUGCAGUGGACAACUUGAUCCACAAAGGGUGUUCAUGAGUGAGAAGUUUGGGUUUGCAUGA